UUAUUUGCCUGAGUCACCUGGUUUGGAGGCUCUAUCACUUCCGUUUGUUUUCCCGGAAAUGUUUGGUUGGCAUUGGCAACGUUUUAGCCAGCUCUAACGCCAUACAGCCACGUCCGGAGGAGUGUUUAUUCACGGGACUGAGCUGAGGACUUCUGGACGUUUGUUUAUACUUAAAUUCCACUCACCACAGAGGAGCGAGGAGCAAGUACAGACUGCAAACAGAAUGACCAGCUCAUCAGCUCCAAGGAUGGUGAACAGUUACAAGAGGACUUCAAGCCCCAGAUCCCCUACUAACAGUGGGGAGCUCUUCACCCCAGCACAUGAAGAAAAUGUCCGCUUUAUACACGACACUUGGCAGUGCGUGCUCAGAGACAUAAGAUCAACGCAAAAUAGUGACCGGAAUGACCGUGGACCACAGGAGUAUGUCGAGAAGAACCCAAAUCCUAAUCUACAUUCUUUCACACCAGUGGACCUGAGUGACCUCAAAAAACGCAACACACAAGACUCCAAGAAGUCCUAGUCUUUCUCUUAAUUAUCCCAUUGCUUUUUCUUUUUUUUCUCCCAUACAUUAUCCUCGAGAACUUUUCCUCCGUCAGCCCUCUUGUCAGCCAGAAAGUUAUCGUUGUUGGUCAGUCUAAUACAGAAUGCAAAUCUAAUUUCUAAACUCUGGACCAUAGCAAAGCUUCUCUUCCUUCACCCUCGAAGACUGACUAAAAAGAAAAAGUUGGAUUUCUCCCCUCUUCUCUCAGUUCCUGUUUUUUCCAGUCGCAUUCGAUAUGUGGACGGGACCGAUGCAAAGAUUCAUCCAAAAUUUGCCGACUUUGUACCUCAGCUUUUUUUUUGUCUCCACAGGACGCAAAAGACUUCAGUCUUAAACGCGACGCUACUACUACUACUAAUAUGACAUGGGAGGAAAAUAUGAAAGGGCUGACUUCUUAUUUGUAGUUUUAUUUUGUUUAUCAUUAAUUAAGCAAGUGUAGAAGUAAUUGAACAUUCACACACACACUUUAUGGGCGAGUUUUCAAAGCCAAAACAGAGUGUAAACAAAGCCAACAUUUUUAUUAUACAUUUUCUUGCCCUUGGUCGGACUUUAUUAAGUAGAGGGCCUCCCCAAGUAUUGAUAAAUCCCCUCCCAUUCCCCUCUUCUUUCCCAAAGCCUUGAAACAAAAUGUUGAAUAAAAAGACUUUUACAGUA